AUGCCAUUAGUAGCGAGCUGUCCAACAGCAACCUGCUCCUUCAAAAAGUACCUCUCACUUACAGUAUGCGCCAAGGUCAAGGACGUCAGUCAGUUUCUAAAUGUCUCUACGAUCGCCUCUGGCGAAGGCGGAUUUAAGGAUAACAGCCAUACACGAACAUACUCUGCCGCGCUACCAAAUGGGAUACACUUGAGAACCACUGCCACGUAUUCUCUGUGGACCCAGCCAGGGAACGCUUCAUCACUUAGCUUCCAUGAAGACGCAGGAUACCCAGCAGCGUUAGCAAAUCACUUCAUCAUCCAUUCCCGAGCCGCUGACAACGACAGUAGCCCCUUUUCACCAGAGAGCACUGAUAAGACACGACAACACCAGCACCAGCAGCCCGAAUUUGGUGCACUAGAAGUAUUGAUAUAUAUGUGUAUCAAUGAGUACGAUACUAGCGUAAAAGAAGGAAAGUCUCGUACACAACAGAGAACCUUGUCAUCAUCUCUCUUGAAAGAUGAACAAGGUAGAGUUAGGGAGAUCCCAAAGCUUCACUGCCCUACUCUUAGGUCGGGCUCAGAUACUGUUGAUUGCAUUAUGCCCAGCACAUACAACUCCCAGGAGGCAAGUACAAAUUUGUCCUUUCCUCCUGGGAUAGACCAAAAUCAAGAGUACGCCAACUAG